AUGUCUCCCUCCUUUGAAGCCCAAGAGGAUCAGUCGUUCCAGCAAGAGGUGGCUGCCGUCAAGACAUGGUGGAAGGUCAGUUCUCGGUUCUCGGUCCCAAGCCCCGCUCGCCGCUCGCCGCUCGCUGCGCCGUUCGCCGCUCAGAAGGUCGUGCUCGGUCCGCGGGCGUUUCUUGCGUCGCACCGGUCACUAUUCGCCGGCAUACUUUGCAAUUCCAUGACACUGACCAGAUAUUCGAUCUCGAACACUUCCAGUCUGAGCGCUUCAAUGGUCUGGUGCGACCGUACACGGCCGAGCAAGUCGUGUCCAAGCGAGGCACGAUCAAGAUCGAGUACCCGUCCAACGCCCAGGGCAAGAAGCUCUACAACCUCCUCAAGGCCAAGGCCGCAAAGGGGGAACCUUCCCACACGUAUGGAGCGUGAGUUGCACACUCAAUUCAUGUGUUGUUUGCUCGUGAUCUCGGCAAAACGGUGUCGUUCUCUGCCCAUCUUUCUGCUCUUUGCCUCGGGAAAGGCGCGGGCGUCCCUCGGCAGUCGGCCUUCUUGCGCGUGAAUGCCUUCUCCGCGCCCGGCUGCUCGAGCAAGCGGGGACCCCGGGUUCCGCACACUCGACUCUGCGCGGAGACACGCGGCCCUAUCGCAUGCACCCACUAUAUGAUAGUGCAACGCUUCAUGGCCUAUCGCUAGUGGCUGCAUCCUAUGUCGGUGGUUGUGGUGUGCGAUCAUAACUGCAGCACUCCUGCGCAGCUGCCGUGGCUAGCUGCAGACGGGAUCCCGACUUGAUCCGGCUUGCUCGAAGCUCCAUGGCCUUUCCUGAGCAGUUCGUCUCCGCGGUUCCGAAAGGGACUUUGCCAUAUCUUCCUUUAUUUGUGGCUUCAUUCCGCGAUCCGGCACCCCUUUCUGCGAUCGACCCGCCUCACAGGCUAUCUGUCUUCGAGAUAAUGCUCACCCCUUCACAAGGCUGACCACUUUUCAUGACCAUCUCCCCUUUACAGUCUUGACCCCGUCCAGGUGACCCAGAUGGCCAAAUACCUCGAGACCGUCUACGUUUCCGGAUGGCAAUGCUCCUCGACGGCCUCGUCCAGCAACGAGCCCGGUCCGGAUCUUGCUGGUCAGUCGAUACACACAACUUAUGGAUGGAAAAGGAAGUGUUGUCUUAUCUGACCAACACCUCCUCUCUUCUGCAGACUACCCUUCCAACACCGUUCCCAACAAGGUCGAGCACCUGUUCAUGGCCCAACUCUUCCACGACCGAAAGCAGCGAGAAGCUCGCUCGGGCCUCUCCGCCGCCGAACGUGCCAAGACCCCUUACAUCGACUACCUCCGACCCAUCGUCGCCGACGCCGACACCGGACACGGUGGUUUGACCGCCGUUAUGAAAUUGACCAAGAUGUUUGUCGAGAAGGGUGCGGCCGGUAUUCACAUCGAGGACCAGAUGCCCGGAACAAAAAAAUGCGGUCACAUGGCCGGCAAGGUGCUCGUGCCCAUCGCGGAACACAUCAACCGAUUGAUCGCCAUCCGACUGCAGUACGACAUCAUGGGCGUCGAGAACUUUGCCGUCGCUCGUACUGAUGCCGAGGCCGCUACGCUACUUUCGUCCAACGUGGACGAGCGUGACCAUGCGUUCAUCCUCGGUGCGACCGUCAACCAAGGCGAGGAUCUCGUCACUGUCAUGAACAUCGCCGAGCGCUCCGGAGCUUCCGGCGACAAGCUGCAAGAGGUUGAGGACACCUGGACCCGAAACGCCAAGUUGCAGCUCUUCGGCGACGCCGUCGCUGCUACUGCUAAGCAACAGGGUGUCUCGCAAGACCGAAUCGACGCCUACUUGAAGAAGGCCGCUCACCUCGCACACGCCAAGGCGGCCGCUUUGGCCCAACUCGAACUCGGCGUCUCGAUCUACUGGGACUGGAACGCGCCCCGAACCCGUGAGGGCUUCUACCGCUACCAGGGUGGAACGCAAUGCGCCAUCAACCGAGCUGUCGCCUUCGCGCCUUACUGCGACCUUCUGUGGAUGGAGACUAAGUCGCCGAUCCUCGCGCAGGCCAAGGAGUUCGCCGCCGGUGUCCGCGCCGUGCACAAGGGCAAGUGGCUCGCGUACAACCUUUCCCCCUCGUUCAACUGGUCCGCCGCGGGCUUGAACCAGGACGAUAUGAAGGAUUACGUUUGGGAAUUGGGCAAGCUCGGCUUCGUGUGGCAAUUCAUCACGCUUGCCGGUCUGCAUUCGAACGCGUACAUCUCGGACCUGUUCGCCAAGGCGUUCGCGAACGAAGGCAUGAAGGCCUACGUCAACCUCAUCCAAUCCCGAGAACGCGAUAUCGGGUGCGACGUGUUGACUCAUCAAAAGUGGUCCGGUGCGGACUACGCCGACAACUUGCUCAAGACCGUCACCGGGGGUGUUUCGUCAACGGCGGCGAUGGGUGCCGGUGUCACAGAGUCGCAGUUCAAGCACUGA